AUGUACAACAAAGUCAAGAGAAUAGCGGCAGUACGUCUGAGUUCUGCAGAGAUACUUAAACUGCUAGAACCUUAUCCACGUUGGAAUUAUGACGGUUCUAAGCUGACCAGAAACUUGAGCCUACGAGAUUUUGAGACUACCUGGUCAUUUCUGACUCAAGUAGCGAUGAGGAGCCACCUCUGGGGCCACCAUCCGACGAUAACUACGUGCUACAACAAAGUCAACGUUCAGUUGACCACCCAUGAUGUUGGUGGUGUUAGCGACAUCGAUAUGAAACUGGUGAGCAAGAUCGAAAGCUACGCAGCUGGACGAGAGCAGGAUGAGUUAGUGAGUAAGUGGCCAAAAAAACGGGGAAAUUAUAGUGAGUGA